GCUGCUGAUUAUGAAAUAUUUGUUCAAUUUAGUGUUCUUAUUGAAUCCUUGGUUUAUAACCCUGCCUAUUACUGUCUUUUAUUUAACAAUCUAUUGUGUUGAGGGUUGAGGGAAACCUUUCACUUCCAACGUAACGUUACCAGCGAUAACGUAGCAUAGUUAACGUCAGCAUGAAAGUCAUUACCCAGGCUUGAGACAUCUUGGUGCACGGUCUUGCUGACAGGGCAGAGACAUGGAUAGCAGUGAAGGUCCCGCCCAAAGGCCUGUGACGUUGGACAUCACAGAAGUUGCUGAGCCUGAGAAACCUCAGGAUCUAGUGCUUGCCCCAACAGAGUCCAGCUCCUCUUCCACUAUCCCAGCCAGCGAUGUCCUCUUCCCGGAGGAGAGCAUUGACCUUGGCGGGGAGCCCUUCAGCUCUCCCCAGGAUGACAGCUUGGCUUCGGGCAGCCUGAUGGACAAACUAAAUGACCAGAUGAUGGAGAGUGUCAUGAUCUCUGACUCGCCUAAUAACAGUGAGGAGGACGACGUUGUUCCCAUGGACUCUCUACUGGAGCAGUUUGAGGAGAGUCACACACCGGAUUCCAAAGAGCCUGAUGACGAGGAAGUGGGAGAGAAAUUAGAACCUGAGGCCACUGAGGAGCAGACCACCACUGAAAUCAAGAUGGAGUCACUCUCACCAGAGGAGUCUCUCACAGCUGCAGGGAAGACGGUAGUGGAAGAAAAGAUAGAAGAGAAGAAAGACGAUGAAUCUCAAGAAGGUGAAAAAGAGACUUCUGUCUCUGUGCAGCCACCAGAAGACUUGCCCAGCUCUGAGUUUGUGGCUCAGGAAGUAGAUUUAGGAGCUAGCGAGUCAACCCCCAAGGACGAACCCAUCCCAGUGUGCACCAUCUUCAGCCAGGGUCAGCCGCCCAAGAUGCUGGUCCCGGACGGCUUCCAGCCCACGCUGGUGAAGUCGCCCAGCUUCAGCAGCGGCAGCGGGAACGCUGAGACGCCCAGCAAACUGGCCGAGGCGCCCCUCGUGUGCCAGCCCAGUCCCAGCCUGAGCAAGUUCUUCUCCGACAACGGCGGUGUCAACCCCGCCUCGGACUUCUUCGACUCCUUCACCACCUCAUCCUCCUUUAUCUCCGUCAGCAACCCUAACGCCGAGUCGCCCAAAGCGUCUGGCACCCCUGAACGGCAGGUGUCCUCCUCCUCUUCCUCCUCCACGGGUCCUGCAAUGCCCGCCGCGGCUCCUCAGGAGAGUACCACAACGCCCAGCUCCUAUUUCGACGCCCCCCCAAUGGACAGUGCCCCAAAGGCCCCUUCGGCGGCCGAAGCCACCCCGCCGUUCUCCAAGCUGCAGGCUGUGUUCUCAGGCAGCGAUGACCCCUUUGCCACAGCACUGAGCAUGAGCGAGGUUGACCGGCGCCAUGACGCAUGGCUGCCCUCAGAGGAGACAAGGAAGCUGCUGAUCUCUGUGGCAACCCAGCAGUUGAACACAGUGCAUGUGGAGAGGGAGCGUCUGUCCAUGCCAGGGCUGAAGUUUGACAAUUUACAGGGUGAUGCAGUGAAGGACUUAAUGCUGCGUUUCCUGGGAGACCAGGCAGCAACCAAGCGUCAGGUUCUUACAGCAAGCUCCGUGGAGCAGUCCUUCCUGGGCCUCAAGCAGCUAAUUAGCACCAGGAACUGGAGGGCGGCCGUGGACCUGACUGGCCGGCUGCUGACGGCGCAUGGACAGGGCUACGGCAAGAGCGGCCAGCCCACCAGCCACACCACUGACUCCCUGCAGCUCUGGUUCGUGCGGCUGGCCCUGCUCACCAAGCUCAGCCUCUUCCAGAACGCCGAGAUGGAGAUGGAGCCCUUCGGGAACCUGGACCAGCCGGACCUGUACUACGAGUACUACCCUGCCACCUACCCGGGCCGCCGCGGUUCGAUGGUUCCCUUCUCCAUGCGUGUCCUGCACGCUGAGCUGCCCCAGUACCUGGGCAAGCCCCAGGAGUCUCUGGACCGACUCCACAGGAUGAGGACUGUCUGUCAGAAGAUCUCGGAUCAUUUGGAGGAGGGCCUGGCCGAGGACGGCAGCAUGAUGAGCCUGACGCAGGAGAACAGGCAAGCCUCCAUUCAGUUGUGGAGGUCACGUCUGUGCCGGGUGAUGUACUCCAUUGCAAACUGUCUGCUAAUGAUGAAGGACUAUGUGCUGGCCGUGGAGACGUACCACUCCAUCAUCCGCUACGAGCCCCAGCAGAGGGUGCAGCUGCUGAGCGGCAUCGGCCGUAUUUUCCUGCAGAUUGGGGACAUUAAGACUGCGGAGAAGUAUUUCCAGGAGGUGGAAAAGGCCUGCCAGGCAAAGGGAGAGGGGCAGAUGCAGGAUACUUCAGUGCUGAUGAAUAGGGCAUUCGUUUACCUCAGUCAGAAUAACUAUUCAGAGGCACACACAUGCUUCGCCGGUGUACUGAAGAUCGAUCCCAUGAACCCUGUGGCGAACAACAACGCGGCUGUGUGCCUGCUCUACCUGGGCCGUCUGAAGGAGUCGCUGCGGCAGCUGGAGAGCCUGGUGCAGCAGGACCCGACGCUCUACCUGCACGAGAGCGUCCUCUUCAACCUCACCACUAUGUAUGAGCUGGAGUCGUCACGCAGCACCCAGAAGAAACAGGCACUGCUGGAGGCGGUUGCCGCUCGUGAAGGGGACAGCUUCAACACCCAGUGUCUCAAGCUGGUCUAGGGCUGGCUCCCGCCGGCCGGCCGUCCAGCCAGCCACUCAGCCACGGACGGUCACAAAGGUCUCCCAAAGCAGCAGGCCGAGCCAGGGACAGGCAGGGUCCCUGAUUGGGCAUUAACUCGCUUACCACACAGGCCAAAGGGUGGCGGCUCCCUGGCCGUCUGUGAAGCCUAAUGUUCCUUGUUUGUUUGUUAGUUUUUAGUGUUAGGUUUGGGUGCAACUGGUGGUCUGACGGUGACUGACUGGGCGGGAGUUGUUGAUGAAUGUGUGUCACUAAAUACCAGAGAGAGUCCUUGUUGUUCCCAACACGUGCUCAGGCUUCACCAGAAGCACACAAGCUUUCCUGAGGGCAAGUGAUCCCAAGACCAAAGCGUUAAGUCAAUAGCAGUAAUCCGCCAGAGGACGUGUUGCGCAUGGUGUCGCAUUCUGUUUCUUUUCUUGAACACUAAAUGGCGUAGUAUUUGGUCUAGUUAAAACAGCACAUAUCUCGUGAAAAAAAGGAAUGUAAAGUAUUUGUAUCAUCCAAAAAUGUACAUAUUUUAUAACAAUAAAAGAAUCAAGUAUAAAGAUGACCUCUUAAAUUGUAAUAUUAUGUGAAUGAUUCUUGAAUGCUGAUUGCUGUUUACAUUCUGUGUUAAUCUUAAUCACAAUCUGUACUGUAUGACUUGUGAUUUUAGAAAAAUUAUGUUCAUCCAAAUAAACGUGUACUGAUCUUUA